AUGGAAUCGGUCAAUGUGGUUAUAGAUGACACAGGAUCUCCUACUUCAGCCAUAAAUGAGGAAGAAAAUGGUGAGUCUCCAAUCCUAGAUAUUGAACUACAAAGUAAAAGAGAAGCUGAGGUCCAAGCACAAGAAGGUACCAAGUGGAUCUUUAAGAAUAAAUCUGAAGAGAAUGGUAUUGUAGCUAGAAAUAAAGCUAGGUUGGUUGCUCAAGGCUAUACUCAAGUAGAGGCUGUUAACUAUGAUGAGAUGAGUAUGAUAGGGAGUCUCUUGUACCUCACAACCAGCCGUCCUGACAUUGAUUUUAGUGUAGGUGUUUGUGCCCAUUACCAAGCCUGUCUUAAAGAGUCUCAUCUUCUUGCAGUCAAACACAUCAUUAAGUAUGUUAAUGGGACAUUAGGUUAUGGGAUUUGGUUCUCGACCGACACUACAGCUGAAAUCACUAGUUUGUCUGAUGUCGACUGGGCAGGGUGUGCUGAUGAUCGUAAGAGCACAUCUGGGGGGUGUUUACCUUGGGAAUAA